AUGUUUAUUCGCCCCCAUAUAUCUGCAUCUGUCACACAUGCACGGCUGACGCUCUCCGAGCUCGGCUAUGCCUUUGACUCGACCAACGGCACUCUGCUCAACACCACCACCGGCGGGCGCUACGAAUUUGAGGUAUACCCAGGCAACAAGAAACGCAACCUCAAGCUCUACAACAUGCUCGCAGAUGCCGCCUCCCGCCAUGUCACUGAGCUGCUUACCAGCGACGAGAUCGGUAUGCAGGCGAUCGCCGUGCCCGAAGAAUCGCUUGCGCACACCAGUAUUUUUAUCACACCCGGCGCCCUCGAGUGCGCCAAUCUGGUGGUCCUCUGCACUGGCCAUGGCCCGCGCCCGGGAGUCUGGGCGUGGAACGUGCUGGUAAAAGAAGGGCUGCGCGCCGGCAGCCUGAUCCCGUACAUCCAGGCGCUGCAUGCCCAGGGGUAUGGCGUGCUGGUCAUGAACCCAAAUGAGAACAUUGUUGCGGCAGACGGGCAGCCCGAGACCUAUGCAAACAUUGAAUCGCUAGGGAAGACUACCGAGAUUCGCGGCAACGAGACCCCUGAUGAGCACGUCGGAUAUGUGUGGUCACGCUUUCUCCGUGAUAACCAUGCGGCAAAGAACAUCGCAUUUGUGUGCUACAACACAGCUGGCAUCUCGGUAGCGAACCUGCUGAAAUACGAUUUCGACAGGUUUGUGCAGAAAUGCGUCGGCAUUGCGUUCAUUGACUCAGUGCAUUCGUCGUUCCAGAUGACCGCUCAGCAAAUGGUGUGGCUUGCUCAUAUGGCCAAGCAGUGGGAGACCUCGGUAGAGCCGGCAGACGAGCCGAUUGAGAAUCCCAACAUCGGGUGUCCAGCAGUGUCCUCCGGGAAUGACCUGGAGAUGCGCGAGAUGACACCGUUUUUAUGCAAAGACUCGGUUGUUGACUUUUUGGACGAGAAGUUCCAGGCGGGCCAUAUAAACGAAGCAGUGAUGGUGGCUGAGGCUAAUGAGAUCGAAAUGGCCGGUGUCGAGCUGGUUGAUAGCAUCCAGGAUGCUAACCAGCAGGCUGGCGAUGAGGGACACUCAGGGUGGGCGAUGUAG